GGAGGGCAGGAGGUGCGGCUUAAAGCACAGGGGAGGCGUGGGACAGAGCGAGAGAGAGAGAGAUAUUUAGACUGUGUUGUGCGUCUGUGUCUCUAGACAGCUUUCGAAAUGGGGGGACGGACAGAGAGAGCGGUCUGUUGUGUGUGAGGCUGGGGGAAUCUCACACCAGGUGCAGGGAGAGAGGUGGGGGUGUGUGAGAGAGGCAGGGAGAGAGGAGGGGAGAGAGAAAACACAAAAGGAAUUUGUGCAAGGGAGAGAGACAGAGGGAGAGGGACAGACAGAGACUGCAUCGCCCAGUGAAAUAUUUCUCCAGCUCGCUGGAAAAUGAGCGACCGAGGCACAAGAGUUUUUAAGAAGUCAAGUCCAAAUGGAAAGCUCACCGUUUACCUGGGCAAGAGGGAUUUUGUCGAUCAUGUGGACUUUGUAGAACCAGUGGAUGGAGUGGUGUUGGUGGAUCCAGAAUAUCUCAAGCAAAGAAAAGUGUUUGUGACCUUGACCUGUGCGUUCCGCUAUGGCCGCGAGGAUCUGGACGUCCUGGGCCUAACGUUCCGCAAGGAUCUAUUUGUGGCCAAUGUCCAGGCGUUCCCGCCCGUGACGGAGGACAAGAAGCCGCUGACCCGCCUCCAGGAGAGGUUGAUGAAGAAACUAGGGGAACAUGGAUACCCGUUCAUCUUUGAGAUCCCACCCAGCCUGCCCUGCUCCGUCACCCUGCAGCCAGGACCUGAGGACACGGGGAAGACUGGAGAAGUCUUCUUCGGUCUGAAGAAGGGUCUCGACCCGAAACGUCACCUAUUCCUUCGCUCCAUAGAUGCUGCCUCACCCGCUGCGUUUCUCCAGCUUUUUUGUCUACCUUUAAUUCUGAGGCUGUGCCCUCUAGUCCUGCUCUCUUUAUCUUCCAGACUGAAGGACGGAGCCAAUAAGGAGAUCCUCGGCAUCAUUGUGUCCUACAAGGUGAAGGUUAAGUUGGUCGUCUCUCGAGGAGGUGACGUGGUGGUGGAACUUCCAUUCACUCUGAUGCACACGAAGCCUGAUGAGGAGGCUCUUCACAGAGAAGCGAUAGAGAAUGAGGAACCGAUUGACACAAACCUGAUUGAAUUUGACACCAAUGAUGAUGACAUUGUCUUCGAGGACUUUGCCCGGCAGAGGCUGAAGGGUCUGAAGGAUGAGAGCGAGGAGAACGAUGAUGGAGCGAAUUCUCCGCAACACAACGACCGAUGAAGCCUCCCAUCCACCCUCGCUGCUGGUACACUGAUAAUCCGAUAGUUUCAGCCUCAAAAUCUCGGCGUGCGAAGGGGAGGACAAGUACAGGGGCGCUACUACUGGAGUCUUCGCGGCCUCUGGUUUCUAUGUAUUUGCUUUGGAGAUGCAGCGGGGAAACAGGCCCUUCGGCCCGCAAUGUCCGUGCCGAACGUGAUGCCACAACCAACUCUUAGCUUUUACUUACCUGGGGUAAGGUACUUACCGUGGCCAGAGUGAGUCCCACCGUUAAUUGGAGGAGCAGCACCUCAUAUUUCGCUUGGGCAGUUUACACCCCAGCGGUAUGAACAUUGACCUCUCCAAUUUCAGGUAGUCCCUGCUUCCCCUCCCCUUCCCAGCUCUCCCACCGCCCACUGUCUCCGCCUCUUCCUUUCUUCUACCCGCCCUUCCCCCCCUCAUCCCCACAUCAGUCUGAAGAAGGGUCUCGACCCGAAACGUCGCCUAUUCCUUCUCUCCACAGAUGCUGCCUCACCCGCUCAGUUUCUCCAGCAUUUCUGUCUACCUUACCUUAGCAGCGGUAGAGUUGCUGCCUUACAGCACUUGCAGCACCGGACACCCGGGUUCGAUCCCGACUACGGGUGCUGCCUGUACGGAGUUUGCACGUUCUCCCCGUGACCUGCGUGGGUUUUCCCCGAGAUCUUCGCUUUCCCCCCAAACUCCAAAGACGUGCAGGAUUGUAGGUUCAUUGGUUUGGUGUAUGAGUGUAAAUUGUCCCCAGUGUGUGUAGGGGACUCCAGCAUUUUGUGUCUACCCCAAAUAUACCACAAAUUCAUGCAACUCAGUCUAACUCCAUCUUGGCAAAUUCCAAAUUGAACCCAACCCGAAUCAGUCACACAACUGAAUUGCUGCCUCACAGUGCCACAGACCCAGGUUCGAUCCUGACUACGGGCGCUGUCUAUACGGAGUUUGCACGUUCUCCCCGUGACCUGCGUGGGUUUUUCUCCGAGAUCUUCGGUUUUCUCCCACACUCCAAAGACGUGCAGGUUUGUCGGUUAAUUGUCGUGGUAAAUGUAAAAAUUGUCCCUAGUGGGUGUAGGAUAGUGCUAGUGUGCGGGGAUCGCUGGUCGGCACGGACUCGGUGGGACGAAGGGCCUGUUUCCGCGCUGUAUCUCUGAACUAAACUAACCUAGACUGAACAAGAAGCCAAGACUUGGAAAAUAUUACAGUGAUCAAUAUAAAUGAGCAUAACUGCAAAACCACAUCUUAAAUUAAGUGAACUAAGAUCACUCUGUACCAGUCUAAUAUUAUCCUCAAUACAGUGCCAAAUUGUGACGAGCUUUCUAUUUAAAGUGGUACAGAACCUGCUGUACAAAGCCAGCCCUGAUACCAGUUUUAGAAAGAAAGAACUGCAGAUGCUGGUUUACGGGGGAAAAAGGCACAAAGUGCUGGAGUAACUCAGCGGGUCAGGCAGCAUCUCUGGAGAUCAUGGAUAGGUGACAUUUCACAACCUUAUAAGUGACAGGAGUGUAGAAUUAGGCCAUUCGGCCCAUCAAGUCCACUCCACCAUUCAGUCAUGGCUGAUCUAUCUCUCCCUCCUAGAAACAUAGAAAUUAGGUGCAGGAGUAGGCCAUUCGGCCCUUCGAGUCUGCACCGCCAUUCAAUAUGAUCAUUACUAAUCAUCCAACUCAGUAUCCUGUACCUGCCUUCUCUCCAUACCCCCUGAUCCCUUUAGCCACAAGGGCCACAUCUAACUCCCUCUUAAAUAUAGCCAAUGAACUGGCCUCAACUACCUUCUGCGGCAGAGAAUUCCACAGAUUCACCACUCUCCGUGUGAAAAAUGUUUUUCUCAUCUCGAUCCUAAAGGAUUUCUCCUCUAUCCUCAAACUGUGAUCCCUUGUUCUGGACUUCCCCAACAUCGGGAACAAUCUUCCUGCAUCUAGCCUGUCCAACCCCUUAAGAAUUUUGUUCAAGAAGGAACUGCAGAUGCUGGAAGAUCGAAGGUACACAAAAUUGCUGGAGAAACUCAGCGGGUGCAGCAGCAUCUAUGUGAAAAAGCUACUUUUCUUAACUACUAAACCAGGUUCGCUUCUUAAUAAACAGACACCACACAAACUGUUUGGUAGACCAGUUCAAAACUUUACUUAACAUCGGCCGAUGGAAGGGAGCGAGAAUUCCAGUCAAGUGACCAACACAGACACUUGACUGUGCUCAGCCACCUUCCCUUAACAACAGAAUUACAUUGCCUUAAAUAGGGUUUUUUUGUCCCCUUAGCACAUUCCACAGACAUUAGUCAUGUCAGAGGUACAAGAAAAGGUUUCCACAGAAUGCAUCACAUCAAAGGCCUUUUGUUUACAUGGUACAAGAUAUACUAAAAACAUUGGUCAUUUGCUUUAUUGCCUCUUGCUUCAAAGAUGUGACCAACUAGGUCUCUCUUCCUCUAUCGCCUCCUCCCCCAUAAACAUAGGUCAUUUGCUUUAUGGCAUCUCACUUCAAAGAUUUGACCAGCUAUCUCUCUAGCUUCUCCUCUGCCUGUCACUUGGGAGACAAUGUUAUAGGAUUUAUUAUCUCACACACCCGUAACCUAAGGCAAGCCUAAUUUGACACUACAUACAAGCUGAAAGCUAGCCCAGAAACCAAUUUAAUAUCUUCUUAUAUUUUUAACUAAAAUUCGGCUUCAUCAUAUGGAGUGAAGUUUCUAUAAGAUCCCCCCUCAAUCUCCUAAAUUCUAGCGAGUACAAGCUGAGUCUAUCCAGUCUUUCUUCAUAUGAAAGUCCUGACAUCCCAGGACAUCCCUCCUAACCCCAUUCUCCUGCCGGCUCCCCGUAACCUCUGAUACCUGUACUAAUCUAGAACCAUGGAGUUUGUGAUGCUCACCCUGAGCACCUUCACUAUCCGACCCACACUAGAGCAAUUUACAGAAGCCAACUGACGUGGGAGGAAACCGGAGCACCCGUAGAAAAACCCACGUGGGUCACGGGGAGAACGUGCAAACACCCACACAGACAGCACCCGAGGUUAGGAUCGAACCUGGGUCUCUGGCACUGAGGCAGCAACUCUACCGCUGCACCACCAUACCUGACUCUGCCUCACCCACGCCUCCCUUCUCCAGAUAUACCCCCCCCCCCCCCCACAGCACCCCCAUUCUACAGUCAGUCUGAAGAAGGAUCCUGAUCCAAAACGUUCUCUGUCCAUUCCCUCCACAGAUGCUGCCUGACCCGCUGAGUUACUCCAGCACUCUGUGCUUUGCUCAAGGCUCCAGCACCUGCAGUUCCUCAUGUUCCAUUGCCCCAAGCUCGCUAGGCAUCGACAAAUGGACAGAGUGCAGGAAAAGGCCAAUCAGCCAUCGAGUCUGUGAUAGCCCUUUGCACACAGUAAAUUACUAGAGGGUGUGAGCUACAGGGAGAGGUUUAGUAGGCUGGGUCUCUAUUCCUUGGAGCGCAGGGGGAUGAGUGGUGAUCUUAUAGAGGUGUACAAAAUCAUGAGGGGAAUAGAAAGGGAGAAAAUUGUUUGUUUUUUUACACGAUUUAGGGCAAUUAAAGAAAAAGGGCCGUAUGUUUAAGAUUAGAGGGGCAAGAUUUAAUAGGAACCUGAGGGGCAACUUUUUCCACUCAGAGGCUGGUGGGAAUAUGGAACGAGCUGCCAGUGGAGGUAGACACAGAGUGCUGGAGUAACUCAGCGGGUCAGGCAACAUCUGUGGAGAACAUGGAUAGGUGACGUUGCACAGAGUGCUGGAGUAACUCAGCGGGUCAGGCAGCAUCUGUGGAGAACAUGGAUAGGUGACGUUUCACAGAGUGCUGGAGUAACUCAGCGGGUCAGGCAGCAUCUGUGGAGAACAUGGAUAGGUGACGUUUCACAGGGUGCUGUAGUAACUCAGCGGGUCAGGCAGCAUCUGUGGAGAACAUGGAUAGGUGACGUUUCACAGAGUGCUGGAGUAACUCAGCGGGUCAGGCAGCAUCUGUGGAGAACAUGGAUAGGUGACGUUUCACAGAGUGCUGGAGUAACUAAGCGGGUCAGGCAGCAUCUCUGGAGAACAUGGAUAGGUGACGUUUCUGGUCGGGACCCUUUCUUUAGACGCAAGUCUACCGACCGGAAACGUCUUGUUUGUUUCCCUCCACAGACGCUGCAUGACCCGUGGAGAUUUAUAGAAACAUAGACAAUAGGUGCAGCAGGAGACCAUUCAGCCCUUCGAGCCAGCACCGCCAUUCAAUGUGAUCAUGGCUGAUCAUCCACAAUCAGUACACCGUGCCUGCCUUCUCCCCAUAUUCCUUGAUUCCGCUAGCCCCCAGAGCUCCGUCUAACGCUCUUUUAAAUACAUCCAGUGAAUCGGCCUCCACUGCCCUCUGUGGCAGAGAAUUCCACAAAUUCACAACUCUCUGGGUGAAAAAAACAUUUUCUCACCUCAGUUCUAAAUGGCCUCCCCUUUAUUCUUAGACAGUGGCCCCAGCACUCCAGCACUCUGUAUUCUACGCGAGGCUCGAGCACCUGCAGUUCCUCCUGGAAACUGCCACCACUCUGCCCCUCCAGCCUGUCCUAUCUCGAUGGUGGCCGACUGCAUCUCAACUGUGUCAAGAUGCGGACAAAACGCAGUGGAGAUCUCCUAGAAUACCAUGCCCGUGAAGGAUCCAUUCCUAGACUCCAAAAUGCUGGAGUCACUCAGAGGGACGGGGAGCAUCUCUGGAGAGAAGGAACGGGUAACGUUUCUUAAGGUCAUAAGUGAUAGGAGCAGAAUUAGGCCAUUCAGCCCAUUGAGUCCACUCCGCCAUUCAUUCAUGGCUGAUCUAUCUCUCCCUCCUAACCCCAUACUCCUGCCGUCUCCCCAUAACCCCUGACACCCUUACUAAUCAAGAAUUUAUCAAUCACUGCCUUAAAUAUAUCCACUGACUUGGCCUCCACAGCCGUCUGUGGCAAAGAAUUCCACAGAUUCACCAGCCUCUGACUAAAGAAAUUCCUCCUCAUCGCCUUCCUAAAAGAACAUCCUUUAAUUCUGUGACUGUGACCUCCAGUCCAAGACUCGUAACCUCUAACGCCCGUACUAAUCAAAAAUCUAUCUAUUUCUGCCUUAAAAAUAUCCAUUGACUUGGCCUCCAUAGGCUUGUCUCGACCUGAAACGUCACCCAUUCCUCUCUCUCCAGAGAUGUUGCCUGACUGGAGUAGGCUGGGGUAACUCAGCGGGACAGGCGGCAUCUCUGGAGAGAAGCAAUGGGUGACGUUUCGGGUCAGGAUCGAACCCGGGUCUCUGACGCUGCAAGGCAGGAGCUCUACCGAUACUCCGCUGUGCAGCCUUGCGUUAUUCUGCUUUUUUGUAACGUCAACCACUCGAAACAUAUAGGAAGCAACUGCAGACAAUAAACAAUAGGUGCAGGAGUAGGCCAUUCGGCCCUUCGAGCCAACACCGCCAUUCAAUGUGAUCAUGGCUGAUCAUCCCCAAUCAGUACCCCGUUCCUGCCUUCUCCCCAUAUCCCCUGACUCUGCUAUCUUUAAGGGCCCUAUCUAGCUCUCUCUUGAAAGUAACCAGAGAACCGGCCUCCACCAUCCUCUGAGGCAGAGAAUUCCACAGACUCACAACUCUCUGGGUGAAAAAGUGUUUCCUCAUCUCCGUCCUAUAUGGCUUACUCCUUAUUCUUAAACCGUGGCCCCUGCUUCUGGACUCCCCCAACAUCGGGAACAUGUUUCCUGCCUCUAGCGUGUCCAAACCCUUAAUAAUCUUAUAUGUUUCAAUAAGAUCGCCUCUCAUCCUUCUAAACUCCAGAGUGUACAAGCCCAGCCGCUCCAUUCUCUCAGGAUAUGACAGUCCCGCCAUCCCGGGAAUUAACCUUGUAAACCUACGCUGCACUCCCUCAAUAGCAAGAAUGUCCUUCCUCAAAUUAAGGGACCAAAACUGCACACAAUACUCCAGGUGUGGUCUUACUAGGGCCCUGUACAACUGCAGAAGGACCUCUUUGCUCCUAUCCUCAUGUUGUGAAGGCCAACAUGCCAUUCGCUUUCUUCACUGCAUGCUGUACCUGCAUGCUUACUUUCAGUGACUGUGUUACACUGGUUUACACUAAACAUAGACACAAAAUGCUGGAGUAACUCAGCGGGACAGGCAGCAACUCUGGAGAGAAGGAAUGGGCGGCGUUUCGGGUCGAGACCCUUCUUCAGACAUGUCCCUUCUCUCCAGAGAUGCUGCCUGUCCCAGCUCAGUUACUCCAGCACUUUGUCCUUAUCUUCAGUGUAAAGCAGCAUCUGCAGUUCUCUCCCACACACAGGAUCAAUUCCCUGACUGAAUUGGUGAAUAAAACAGCAGAAAACCAACUGAAUGUAUCAACGAAAUGGAGAACGUGUGUGUUUUAAAAACUGCACCCAUCACUUGACACACACGUGUUAUGGGCCUGUCCCACUUAGGCGAUUUCCGGCGACUGUCACGGUUGUAGCAGGUUGCCGAGAAACCGGCCUUCGACAUGAAGUUUGUAAUAGAAUCAUUACUUUAACAACAAGAAAAAAACGGUCAGCGCCCGGCGACAACUACAACAGUAUCUACGUCAGGAGAAGUCAAGUUACGCUCAUUGGUGUCAAACACACUCGCCGACUGCCUCCGAAAAUUUUCAACAUGUUGAAAAUAGACUAUAGACAAUAGGUGCAGGAGUAGGCCAUUUGGCCGUUCGAGCCAGCACCGCCAUUCAAUGUCAUCAUGGCUGAUCAUCCCCAAUCAGUUCCCCAUUCCUGCCUUCUCCCCAUAUCCCCUGACUCCGCUAUCUUUAAGAGCCCUAUCUAGCUCUCUCUUGAAAGCAUCCAGAGAACCGGCCUCCACCGCCCUCUGAGGCAGAGAAUUCCACAGACUCACAACUCUCUGUGAGAAAAAGUGUUUCCUCGUCGCCGUUCUAAAUGGCUUACCCCUUAUUCUUAAACUGUGGCCCCUGGUUCUGGACUCCCUCACGGUCGGCACGGACUCGGUGGGCCGAAGGGCCUGUUUCUCUCAACUAAACUAAACAAAAACGUUAUUUUUAUCUGUGGAAUAAAGAAAGGCCUUGUUUUUUUAAUUUAUAUAUGUUUGCACACAUUUACGGGAUUCCUGUUUGAUCAUUGCCUCUGUAUUAGUACUGACAGGCCCCCUAUGUAAGGAUCUGUUGGGGUCUGUAUUAGCCUGGGCCUAUUGUUGUUUUGUGGGGCCCUGUCCUGUUGUCUAAUCUUGCCUCUGUCUCUCCGUGGUAUCAAUUGAACUGUGCUGUAAAACGCCCACUUUGAAGUUAUCAAUAAAUGAUCAUUGUUUCCCUUGUAAGACAA